CGGCGGUUCUGAUUGGUUGAUUGUCUAAUCAUUCUACUGCAUUCGUCAAGUUAAGUCUAAAAAGAUGCAUUUUCAAAUAUUUUUUAUAUGUAUUCAUUAAAUACCCGAUUUAAAGCUUUGGGAUGAUUUUUAGGGAUAGAAACAGAUGAAAAACCGUUACUAAUACUUGCUCGGGACGGAACAACCGAACAAACCGGCCGAAUGUUUGGAUUUUUGACAUUUACAUUUUUUGGACACCUGUCAAAUUCAGUUUAUAAUUGUCAAUAAUAGUUUUUCUUUAAAUUAAUUUCCCGUUCAUUAAAAUGUCUCUAAUUUUUAGGUUAGCUGGCCAAAGAGGUGCAAGCCAAUUUCUAAAAAACAAUGCAGGUUUAAUAAACUGCGUUCGACCUGUUACCAUAAAGGCAUCGAAAGUUACACUGCCCGCAGAAGAAGGACACGAUGAGAGAAACAUGAAACUCAAAAGACCUCAGUCUCCACACUUGACGAUAUACAAACCCCAAUUAACUGCUAUUCUUUCGAUUAGUCAUAGAGCUACAGGUAUGGUUCUAGCUGCUUAUACGGUGGGUUUGGGUUUAGCUGGAAUAGUUGCCCCUGAAGCUGUACCAAAUUACAUUGAUUGCUUGCACGAUGUGAGUCCAACGAUUGUGCAAUUUAUAAAAUUCAGUUUGGCCUUUCCCAUGUGCUAUCACUUCUGGAACGGCAUCCGUCAUUUAAUUUGGGACACCGGCAAAUUUCUUACCAUUUCUGGUGUUUACAACACCGGCUAUCUUAUGCUGUUGAUUACUUUCCUCUCUGCCGGAUAUCUUACAUUCGUUUGAAUGAAUCGGUAUUAUUCUAUCAGAAAAUAUGAAUUGUAUUAUUUAUUAUACACGAUGUGAAGAUUUUUUGCAGUUGUAUUAUGUUUAAUUAUAUUUUUGUUUAAAUAUUGUUUUGUAAUUAAAUUAGUCUGGUCAAAUCAGUAUUAAAAAUAGGUUUAUCCGUUAUCCUAAAAAGGGGUAAAUUUUACACCAUUUGGCAACGCUGGUUCAGGUAACAGUGAAGUGAAGUUAGCACCAAGCAAUUCAAGCAUUUUAUAAUUUUUAUUUAAAU